AAAAUAUAGUAAUUAAAAGCUGCACCUAGUCGAGGAGUAUUAUACUGCAUAAUUUAGACGCCAAUUGCAUCACCGUGUCCCUGUCCCUGCAAAACGCCGCAGCCCCUCCCUCCCUCCCCACCUCACUUCUUCUCUCUCCGAACCAGAAAUCAAUCAGAGAGUGACAGAUAGGCUGCAAAAAAUGGCGUCAGCUAUCAUAGGAGCGCCGACGGCGGCUACUUCACAGGCGUAUCUGGAGAGCAACCCAGUGAGAGAAACAAAGGCCUUGAUCACCGAGCUCUGCCGUCAGUUCUACCAUCUCGGGUGGGUCUCCGGCACAGGUGGCAGCGUCACAAUCAAGGUCCACGACGAAGCUAUCCCUAGACCCAAUCAGCUCAUCAUCAUGUCCCCUUCUGGUGUGCAAAAGGAGAGAAUGGUUCCAGAGGACAUGUAUGUGCUCUCUUCAAGUGGGUCUAUAUUGUCUUCACCCUUGCCGAAGCCAUUUCCGUAUAAGCCUCCUAAAUGUUCCGAUUGUGCUGCUCUUUUCUUGAAGGCAUAUGAGAUGCGUAAUGCUGGUGCUGUUAUCCACAGUCAUGGAAUGGAAUCUUGUCUAGUGACGAUGAUCGAUCCAUUAGCAAAGGAAUUUCGAAUCACUCAUAUGGAAAUGAUAAAAGGAAUUCAAGGGCAUGGCUACUACGAUGAGCUUGUGAUCCCAAUAAUAGAGAACACUGCUCAUGAGCGGGAGCUGACAGAUUCUCUUGCUGAAGCUAUUGAAGCUUAUCCAAAAACAACAGCUGUGCUUGUUCGGAACCAUGGCAUUUACAUAUGGGGGGAUUCUUGGAUCAGUGCUAAAACUCAGGCUGAAUGUUACCACUAUCUCUUUGAUGCCGCUAUUAAACUCCAUCAACUGGGCCUGGACUGGUCUACCCCGAAUCAUGGCCCAAUUACUGAAUCCAGAGGAGUUUUAGCUGGUCACCUAAAUGGAAACAUAUCUCGGAAGGCAGGGCCUCUUAUAUCAAACGAUGGUGUGGAGCCAUCACGAAGUUGCAUUGUUCUGGACAUUGAAGGGACCACCACUCCUAUAUCAUUUGUUACUGAUGUUCUCUUUCCAUAUGCCCGUCACAACGUGGGGAGGCAUUUAGAUGCAACAUAUUACACAGCAGAAACUCAAGAUGACAUCAAAUUGUUGCGCUCUCAAGUAGAGAAUGAUUUAAGACAAGGAAUAGCUGGUGCUGUACCCAUCCCAUCUGAUGAUGCAGGUAAAGAGGAGGUUGUUGCAGCUUUGGUUGCUAAUGUGGAAGCAAUGAUAAAAGCUGAUAGGAAGAUUACUGCCUUAAAACAAUUGCAGGGUCAUAUAUGGAGAACUGGAUUCCAGAACAAUGAACUGAAGGGUAUAGUUUUUGAUGAUGUACCUGGAGCUCUUGAGAACUGGCAUACUUUGGGCAUUAAGGUCUACAUCUAUUCCAGCGGUAGCAGACUAGCACAGAGGCUCUUAUUUGGCAACACUAGUUAUGGGGAUUUGAGAAAAUACUUGAGUGGAUUUUUCGAUACAGUCGUGGGGAACAAGAAAGAAACAAGCAGCUACAUUGAAAUCUCAGAAUAUUUAGGAGUAGAUAACCCAUCAAAGAUCUUAUUUGUAACAGAUAUCUAUCAAGAAGCUGUAGCGGCUCAGGCAGCAGGUUUUGAGGUGAUCAUUUCUGUGCGGCCUGGAAAUGCACCUGUACCGAAGAAUCAUGGGAUCAAGACAAUAACUUCUUUUUCUGAAAUAUGAAGUGGGACAUUUCAGUGCGAUUAUUCCGAAAUAGAUGUACUUGUAUCAAUUAAAAUAUAGUAGAUCAGUAAUCAAAUUCUCUUCAAGAUUCUCGUCACAUUGAACUUUUUUUUUUUUUUGGUAAUUCUCUUCACAUUGAACUUGUGGUUAGUUGCUAACUUUUUUCCUUGAUUUCCCUGACGUUUGAUGACUUGUUUGCAAUUAUUUAUCUUGGCUAUUGCUCGUUUUAUCCUAAUCAUGCAUAUUCUGUUA